AUGGGUGACGCGACCAUCUCUGCUCCCAAGUGGCGCCUCGUUGAGGUCGGCCGUGUCGUCCUGAUCCAGGAGGGUCCUUCGGCCGGCCGCCUGGCCACCAUUGUCGAGAUCAUCGACCACAAGCGCGCCCUGGUUGACGGUCCCGCCUCCGAUGCCGCCCUCGCUGUUCCCCGACAAGCCGUUUCCUUCUCCAACGUCCUGCUCUCCGACCUCGUGGUUGCCAACCUGCCCCGGGGCGCGCGGACGCCAACCGUCAAGAAGUUCUGGGAGAAGGCCGAGAUCGACAGCAAGUGGAAGGCGUCCAACUGGGCCAAGACCAAGGCCCAGCAGGCCAAGCGAUCGGCCCUGACCGACUUCGACCGCUUCAAGGUCCUCCGCCUCAAGAAGCAGCGACGAUUCGAGGAGCGCAAGGCCGUCGCCAAGGUCAAGGCCUCCGCAUAA